UCCCACCCGUGGUGGAGCCAGCCUUCCAGGACGUGCGGCAGGGCCAGGGGCGCAGCGUCACCCUGCGCUGCACCAUGCUGAAGGGCAGCCCCAUGAAGGUGGCCACCUCCGUCUGGCGCUUCAACGGGACCCUUCUGACGCAGCCCCCGGCAGAGCAGCAGGACUACUCGGAGAUGAAGGUGGACAGCGUCAGCCGGGACACCAGCGGGAGCUACGAAUGCAGCAUUUCCAACGACGUGGGGGUCUCCACCUGCCUCUUCCAGGUGUCUGCAAAAGCUUACAGCCCAGAGUUUUACUAUGACACUCCCAACCCUACCUUGAGCCAGAAGCAAUCCAAGAAUUACUCUUACGUCUUGCAGUGGACGCAGAAGGAGCCCGAUGCUGUGGAUCCCAUCCUCAAAUACCGCCUGGAAGUCCGGCAGCUGUCUCAGAGAAGCACCAUCCAAACCUUCAUUCCCGUGCAGAAAAUGGAGAAAGGCCUGUUGCUCGAACACAUCUUGCCCAACCUGAAAGUGCCUCAGAGCUAUGAAGUUCACCUGACGCCCAUCACCAGCUUUGGGGCUGGGGAUAUGGCAACCCGCAUCAUCCGGUACAUGGAACCGAUCAGCUAUCCCAACCCAACAGAUAACACCUGCCGCUUUGAGGACGAGAAGAUCUGUGGCUUCGUGCAAGACAAGAUGGACAACUUUGACUGGACCCGGCAGAACGCCCUGACCCAGAACCCCAAGCGUACCGUCAACACCGGCCCCCCCACGGACAUCAGCGGUACACCGGAGGGUUAUUACAUGUUCAUCGAGGCAUCCCGGCCCCGGGUGACGGGGGACAAAGCCCGGCUCAUCAGCCCCCUCUACAACAUCACUGCCAAGUAUUACUGCGUCUCCUUCUACUACCACAUGUAUGGGAAGCACAUCGGCUCCUUGAAUCUGUUAGUUCGUGUGCGGAACAAGCGAGCCAUCGACACCCAGGUGUGGUCGCUCAGUGGGAACCGGGGGAACAUGUGGCAGCAAGCACACGUGCCCAUCAACCCACCCGGACCCUUCCAGAUCAUCUUUGAAGGUGUCCGGGGCACGAGCUACGAGGGGGACAUUGCCAUUGACGACGUCACUCUGAAAAAGGGGGACUGUCCAAGGAAGCCAAUUGGACCGAAUAAGGCGGUUGCUCUUCCAGGAAGCGGUGUCCCAGCCCUGCACAGCCCUUAUCUUUGUGGCCCAUUGACUUUCUUCCUUUAUGUGCUGCUCAGAUGAUGGCAAGCGAGCGCUCCUGUCUUCGGACCAAGACAUCCCUGCUCCUUUCCUACUCGGCCACCUCUGCUCCUCUUCCUCCCUUCCUCACUGGCACACCAAAGUGUCCAUAUGUUACCAAAGACUGACAGGCAUGACCACGCAAAGGGAUCUGGUUCAGAACUGGAGCACUCCUUGACAAAGUCAUAAUGUCUAGAACAAAAUUUAAAAAUAAAGACAAAAUUUUUUUUAAAAGACGUGCACGAGAGAGAGAGAGGGGAAGGAAGGAAAGAAACAGAAACACACAGAAACGAAAUGAUGAAAGACAAAAA